UUGAAUCGCUGAUAUGUGUUAUAUAAGGCAAUGAUCUUUUUUCUUCCUAAGUGAUGAUAAUGUGGAUUCCUGUUUCCUAUGUUUGAUAUAGUUGAAACUGAAAAAAUAAUACGUUAUAGAACAUGGAUAUGGUCAAUGUUAAACUCUCAAUGGUGUUUAUUUUUUUAUGGGCAAAUGGUAUUACAAGCGAUACAGUUUGCAACCAUCCAAAGCUUAACGCGUGUAAUUUUGUUAUUGAUGAUAAUUCGGUAAAUAAUUUGAAAUUACAAUUUAAAGAAACGGAAAGUCUAUCUGCUAAGAUAAGAUUACAGUUUGCAUCGCCUUUCAAAUCUACAAAUGGUACAAUAUUACCAACUGACUGGACAAUGACCACUCGGGGGAAAUAUGGAGGCGACUUUUUCACUGCUUGGCCAGUUGAUUAUUCCCUGUAUUCGUUUGGAUUUUUAAAUUCAAGAAUGCUGUCUUAUAUUCCAUUGAAUAUAACUGUGAAUCCGCCUGGGUGUGAAGUUUUGAUAGGAAAUAUAAAUACAGACUGUGGUAUUACAAAGACUUUAUCAACACAAAUAAACAUCCAAAUUAAAGAAUCUCAUCAUAACCACAGUUUAAAGUGGUGUUAUAUAAAGGAAUAUAAGGCAGCCCGGGAUACAAUAUGGUACACAAUGAUGGUAUAUUUUGGGAUUCCAUAUGCGAUGUUUGGGUUUCGAUGUUGUCAGGCAGAAGAGACGGUACUAUCAUGUGAAGAUGAAUAUAACAUGCAAUGGAACGGAUAUCAAGUGUUACCAUAUUAUGUUGGAAUCGUUUUCUUUUGUUUCUUUCCAAUUUUUCUUAUGAAAUUUAGUGCACGUGCAAUGGAUUCCGGCAACAAGUUCAAGGACAAAUCAAAUACAUAUGAAGAUUUAGAUUCGGAUAAGGAUGAAUGGCUUUAUUUACAAAAUAGAAGCCCUGUUACAUUUUCAAAGUUGAUACUCGGGAUGUUUGGCCUAGGAAUAAAACAUCCAGUAACAGCGUCGAGAAUAAGAAGAGUAAUUUUUGUCGUUGCAGCACCUAUAGCAAUUUACGUUGAAAUUUUGAUGUAUCAUUUUGGGUGGCCCGAACUUGUUCCGGCAUUAGUUAAAGCUAAAAUACCAUUCGGUUUUGCAAGUAUUGCAGGUGGGAUUGUAGACUGUCAUCCCUUGUUUCUUCCGAUGAUUGGAGGUCCAUUUGUUGCUCUUUUAACAUAUCUGAUGAUCGGAAUUAUAGUUCUAGCACUUCCGAGAGAUCUUGGUAAAGCUGUAGAAAAAGGUAUUUCUUCCGAUGGAAAUGGUAGAUGGACACUUUUGCGAUUACACACAGUAACAAUUGAGGAAUUAUCUCUAAAAUCCUGUGUCAAUAAGAUUGGAUAUCAUAAGGUUCAUGCAGUGUUGAAAGCCAAUAUUUUUAUGCUUAUUAAUCCAACAUUUUGGCAAUUUGUAAUUAACUUUUUUGUUAAACGAUGGAAACGAUGUAUGUUAAAAGUUUAUGCAGCUGUCCCAUCGAACCAGUGUAUUCAGUUUUUACUAUUUCUGUUUCUUAUUUUGUUUUAUGUUGUGAUUUGUUUUACUGAAACAAUACUAUGUAUUUUAUACUAUGGCAUUCCAAUUUUCAAAUUUCUCACUACAAUGGUCAAUGGUUAUACAAUGUAUCUAAACAGACAAUUUCUAGACAGACACCAGUUGUUAAAGAUUUUCUUCAUGAUAAUGUCACCCUUGUGUUUGAUAUAUUAUUUAUUCAUGUCAUGUAUUGUAAUAUCAGAAUCUUUUAACUUUUUGGCCAAAAUCAUAUUUUUUGUUUACCUGUCAAUCGUCAUAUUUCCAAAUUAUUCGUUUAGUUUUGUUUACUCAAUAAUCAUGUUAUUAUUUUUCAUCUAUCAUAUAAUCGUAGAAAUUGAGAAGGAUUACUUUGAACUGUUGCAUCAAACUAUUAAAGCCGUGAAACAUAUGAAGGGUGAAAAGUCCAAAAAAGAGGAGAUCAAGUGUAGUGACUUAUCUGAGUCAACUGUUGUAAUCAAACAAGAGAUGGUGGUGAUAGGAGAACAUAGUUCGAAUGAGCAGGAACAAUUAAGGGAGAAAAACAAACUUCCUGGUAUCCAGAGAGAUUUAUACGAGUAUGUUGUACGAAAACAUCGACCACUUCACAUUGCUAUUUUUAUGACAGUUAUUCAGAUUUGUAUUAUGACAUUUUUAGUAUUUGCUUCCAUAAUAUAUGUGUCUAGAUUCGUCGAUGUCCAAGAAACAGACGAAAAACAUGAAAUAUUUCAUGUGAUAAGUAUACUGUUAAUUACGAUCUUACCAAAUCUUGUACACCGUGUUUUUACGCCCAUAGUCAACAAUAAAGUAAGGAAACAUAAAAUUAGACAAACAGUCGACAACUUCUAUCAUAUGCGAAUAUAACUGAACAAUGUGAAAACAAUAAUCAAUCAAUAAACCAAACUAUGUUAGAAAUCCUUAAAUAGUUGUCUUUUUAUAUUACUAUAUUUAUAUGUAAAAAAAAAUUUUUUAAUCGAACAAGCUGCUUAUGUCUUCAUGUAUGUGAUUUGCUAUAGCUUUGCUAUAACCUUUAAAACCUGAGAAUACUCAUAGAUAGAUUUUAGUGUACUUCGCCUGUCUUGUGUCGAUCUAAUAAACCAAUUUAAGCCUUUGUAAUAGAUUUGUCAGAUUGUGCUCAUGGGGUGCUGAAACUCCACUGGCCUAAUUUUGGAUGUAAUUGGGUACUCAGAAACAUUUUAAACCAUGUUAUAUUAUGUAUCUUUAUCCAUCCAGAAACAUAGUUCAUUGACUGUUGUUGACAACUAUCUGCCUUAUUCGUUUAUUUUGUGUUCGUUCAUCAACCAGGGCGUUGAUUUUGUCAUCUGUGUUUGCCAAUUUUUCCUUCCGCGUCUUUUAAAGCCUUGUUUUAGGUUUGUCAUUUACUCAUUUUUUAUAGCCAUACGGUUGUUUAUAGCUGCUUUUAUCCACAUCCGUUGAUCACAAGUGAGUUCUUGACUUAGAUUGUUCAUCUUGACUGAAUUGAAUAAGAGGAAGUGUGAUUAUUUAAAGUUUCAAGGUCCUUAUCUAUACUAUAUAUGAAACACAUAUCUAAUACAUCGUAUUUUCGUAUAUAUAUAUAUUUUUUUAAUCAUCAGCUUGUAAAUAUUUAUUUACAUUUUAUGUAAGUAUUGCAAGACGUUAAUAUAUCAGAGGAACAACAAACUGUCAUGUAUUUGGUACUUGUUCUAUAUUUCGCCCUUUUAUGGUACAAAAGUGUGGCAAAAUUAUUAAAAGAAAUCACAUUUGGUCAUUUAAAGAAAAUGUGAAGAAA